AUGGAGGACGAAAGAGCCAACCCAGGCAAAGUGAGGAAGAAGAGUACCCCGGCUCAUCGCAAGUCUCUAUCUUGUGAAUAUUGCAGCAGAUCUUUUGCGCGUUUGGAACAUCUCCAGCGCCAUCUCCGCACCCAUACCAAGGAGAAACCUUUUUCAUGUGAUAUCUGCUCCAAGUCAUUUGCCAGAAGCGACCUGCUCGUACGACACGAGCGGCUAGUCCACCCUGCCGAAACGGCCGCCAGUCGAGACCACCGCACGCAGAACACCAACCAGGAUGUUCCUCAGACGCCUUCAUCUAUAAUUCAGCCUGCUCAUCAUGAGUCUCGUAUGUUAGAGCUUGCCGACGCUGUUCCGCUGCAUACGCAACCCGUUCCGCAACCUCCGCCAGAUGUGCAGGUACAACCGCCUCCUAUAGUGGAAACCACCCAUUUCAACCCUUCGUGGGGGUAUGAUCUGAAUCUUCUCUCGCAUGCUGCGAGUCAUGUUGCUCUUGAAGGUGAACAGGCGAGCCUCGAGUCGCUGCGGAAAUCUUCCCAAAACGUUGCACCCCCUCAGCCGCUCGCCCAUAUUCCGGAAAGAGCGAUAACCGAUAAUUAUGGCGUAGAACCCUCAAUUCUGGACCUUGCUGACUUAGGGGACCCCGUUCAAGACUUUACUGUCUUCUUGGAGAGUGUUGGUCUAUCAUCGGACUGGGACUCGGGGGUGUUUUCUACUGUCGAAGAGCCGAUGCUGCCGACCACACUUCCAAUGGAGACCAAGCCAUCUAUCCGCGAGAUGGGAAGGCUUGGUCCUGAACUCCUUAAUGAUCCGCGGACGGCGGCAGACGAAGCACCGUCAUUCUCAAAUUUCGGGUCACGAUUGCCAUCGCUGCAACCAGAACCGCAUGAAGUGGAUGAUCGCCUUGGCUUCACAGAUGAGGGACCUCGUGCUGCUUGGGAUAUAACCAAUGCAGACCGUCAAGUUUUUGUCUCCAAACUUGAGGAAUUUGCUUACAUACUGCCCAAGAACUUUGUGCCGCCCUCGAGACACGCUUUGUCUCGCUUCUUUGCUGGCUAUAUAAAUGGAUUGAAUGAACAUCUCCCCUUUAUUCAUGUGCCUACCCUUUCUGUCGCAAAAUGCUCUCCAGAGCUUACACUUGCUUUGGCAGCAGCGGGGUCUCACUACCGCUUUGAAAACAGUCGAGGCAUCGAGCUAUUCCAUGCGGCAAAAGCCAUUCUGCUCCAACGCCUUCAUCGAAGAGAUAGCAAACAAGUUGCAUGUCCGACAUGGAAUUACUUAUCACCGGGAUCGGGGUUUCAAACCUCUCGCGGCUCUUCCACCACAUCUAAUCAUGCCAGUAGCCCGUUCCAGCAACACCAUCAACCACAUGCUCAUCACCACCACACACCGUACCCUACAGAUUCCUCAGGUUACUCGGCAGAGGAUUCGGACGCCCACAUGGAAGUCAUCCGAACCUUCCUUCUGCUCACGGUGUUCGCCUCGUGGGAAAGACAUCCGGAGUUACUGAGGGAAAUCCUCUCACUUCAAAGCACUUUGGCAAGGCUUGUCAGAGAACAUGGCCUGUCAGAGCCACCCCCUAGCUCAGAUCCUCACAACUGGGAAGAGUGGAUCCGCAGAGAAGGCAACCGACGCACCAAAUUCAUCGUAUAUUGUUUCUUUAACCUCCAUUCUAUCAUGUACAACAUUCCCCCUCUGAUCCUGAACGCGGAAUUAAAGUUGAACAUGCCGUGUUCGCACGAUGUCUGGAAGGCAACAAAUGCGGCUCAGUGGCGGCGAGUAGCCCGCAUUCGGCAUGGAUCUGAUGUUCCUUUUCAAGAGGCCUUUGCUAAACUGUUCCUCAAGUCGAAUAUGUCGGGUUCCACGGCACCAAUAUCACCGCUCGGGAACUAUAUUCUGAUUCAUGCUCUCAUUCAACAAAUCUUUUUCGCGCGCCAGUUGUGUCUUUCAGCACCGACCAUGCAGGGUACCAGCCUGAGGAGCGAAGAUCUCUCUGUCCUGGAUAAUUCUUUGAGUGCCUGGAAGGCACUCUGGAAACGCACUCCUGAGUCAAGCAUUGACCCCCAGAAUCCGGCAGGACCCAUUGCUUUCACAUCAACUGCUCUUUUAGGGCUGGCCUAUAUCCGAUUGCAUGUGGACCUGGGGCCGUGCCGUCGUCUCAUGACGCAGGAUCCACAUCAGAUAGCGAGGUCCUUAGGUGAAUCACCGCUUAUAGCUCGGAGUCCUCGAUUGAUUAUGGCCCUACUACAUUCUGCCCAUGCACUCUCGAUUCCGGUGCGUCUGGGCAUCGAUUUCGUCGCUAGAACCCACUCCUUCUUCUGGAGCAUUCAGCAUUCCCUUUGUAGCUUGGAAUGUGCCUUUCUUCUCAGCCGCUGGUUGCUCUCUAUCCCAGUGACUCAUGCCGAACAAAGGCUCUCCGACCAUGAAAGGAAAUUACUCCUUUGGAUCAAGAGCAUGAUGGACGAGACCGAUAUGGCUGUUGAUCCACCGGGGGCACCGGAUAUGGAGUUCAUCGCCAAUCCAUAUAAAGCAAAGCAGCUGAGUGUGGCUAUUGUUCGCGUGUGGGCUCGAACCUUCAAGGGAAACACUAGUUGGGCCAUAGUGGAUCUGGUUGGUUCAAGCCUAGAUGCCUAUGCCGACCUCCUUGAAACCACAUCAUGA